UUGAUCAUGCCAUGGAUGGCUUACAUGUAGCGGUGAAAAUUGUAAAAAAUGUAGGCCGUUAUCGUGAAGCAGCUCGUUCAGAAAUCCAAGUAUUGGAACAUUUAAAUAGUACUGAUCCCAAUAGUGUCUUCCGAUGUGUCCAGAUGCUAGAGUGGUUUGAUCAUCAUGGUCAUGUUUGUAUUGUGUUUGAACUGCUGGGACUUAGUACCUAUGAUUUCAUUAAAGAAAACAGCUUUCUGCCCUUUCAAAUUGAUCACAUCAGGCAGAUGGCUUAUCAGAUCUGCCAGUCAAUAAAUUUUUUGCAUCAUAAUAAAUUAACCCAUACAGAUCUGAAACCUGAAAAUAUACUGUUUGUGAAAUCUGACUAUGUGGUCAAAUAUAAUUCUAAAAUGAAACGUGAUGAACGAACCCUGAAGAACACAGAUAUCAAGGUUGUGGACUUUGGAAGUGCGACAUAUGAUGAUGAACACCAUAGUACUUUGGUGUCUACACGGCACUACAGAGCUCCAGAGGUCAUUUUGGCUUUAGGUUGGUCUCAGCCUUGCGAUGUUUGGAGCAUUGGUUGCAUUCUUAUUGAAUAUUACCUUGGGUUCACAGUCUUUCAGACUCAUGACAGUAAAGAACAUCUGGCAAUGAUGGAACGGAUUUUGGGACCCAUACCAACACACAUGAUUCAGAAAACAAGAAAACGCAAGUAUUUUCACCAUAACCAGCUUGAUUGGGAUGAGCACAGUUCUGCUGGGAGAUACGUUAGGAGGCGCUGCAAACCAUUAAAGGAGUUUAUGCUCUGUCAUGAUGAAGAACACGAGAAGUUAUUUGACCUGGUUCGAAGAAUGUUGGAAUAUGAACCAACCAAAAGAAUUACCUUGGAUGAAGCCUUGCAGCACCCUUUCUUUGACUUAUUAAAAAAGAAAUGAAAUGGAAAUUGGUGGUCUUACUAUAUACUUCUCUAGAAGAAAUUACUUUAAGACUGUGUCAGUCAAUUAUGCAUUCUAAUAUUUUUGUAAACAUUAAAUUAUUUUGUACAGUUAAGUGUAAAUACUGUAUGUUUUGUAUCAAUAGUAUAAUUACCUUGUUAAGCAAGUAUGAUCUUGAUAAUGAAUGAAAUGAAGUUAAAAUUAA